AUGGCAAGAACAAAACUUGAAGAAAAACAAGAACCACCUAAAAUAAUUGACCAUAAUCAAUGUUUUGAAGGUGAUUUACUAAUUACAUUUCCACUUCAAGAUUCUCAACAACCACCAAUUCUUACAAAAUUAAAAGAAAAAAUAAGACAUAGAGACAGAGAUCCAAUUAGUUUUCAAAUUGAAAAAUCACAACAUGAUAAAUCUGGUGAACUAUAUAAAUCAUUAACUAAUUGUGUUUAUUUUAAUCCAGAGGGAUAUAAAGAAUUAUUUAGUUCAAACAUUAUGUCAAGUUUUGAUAAAAAAAAAUAUGAUUUAAUUAAAAUUGAUGAAGAUGGUUCAAUUUAUAUUGAUUCAUUAGUUUACUCUGCUAGAAGCUAUGCACAAUCUUAUAAAUAUUCAAAAAUUAAAUUAUCAAGAUCUAAUUCAUAUUGUCAUAGAAAAUUUAUUAGAGUUUCAAAAAAUGAUAAUCAAUCUGUAGAAAAUAGUUUUAUUUCAAAAUUAAUGCCAUGUUCUGAUAUUACAAAUUAUGAUAAGGUUAAAUUUAAAAUUGGUAGUUAUUCAUCAUUUGAUGGUCCAAAAGGUUCACCAUUUAUACCAUCCUAUAAGAAAAUUUGUUUUUCAACUUUAAAACAAUUAUUUUCAAUUGAUAAAGAAAAUACAUUAAAAAAAAUUAAAUCAUUACCAUUUGAUUUAAAAGAACAAUUUAUUGAAUAUUGUUUAUUAGAGGAUAGACCAAUUGGAUAUCUUAUAAUUUGGGCAUUGUAUAAUGAUAAGGAGAUAUCAAAAGAUGAAAAAGAGAAAUUAUUUACAUUAAAUGUAUUAAUUGGAUCAGCUUUAAAAAAAGAUACUUGGUUAAGAAAUAAUUAUGAAAUGCAAGUUGAAGAUGAUGUUUACAUUAGUGGUAAUGAUAGUAAGAUCAAUGUUUAUGAUAAUUAUGAAUUAUUCAAAUUUAAAGAGUUAUCAAGUGAAUCAGAGAUUAGACAUCGUUUAUUUAAAUCUGAAGUGAAAUCAAAGGAUUUAGUUGAUGGAUCACCAUCUAUAGUUCCAAAAGAGGAGUUUUUGGCAAAUUUUCAUAGAGAAACUAGAGGAUUAUUUAAAGAUGAACAUGGUAAUACACCAAAGGGUUUCUUAUUUAUUGGAGGUUUAAUUACAUCGUGUUUAACUGGUCAAGCACAAGGAUUUGAAAGCUCUGAUAUCGACGUUUUAAUGUUAGGCGAUUCAAAUGAAAGUUUCGAAUCCGCCUAUAUUAGUAAGGUUGAAAAUAUUUUCGGUGAGGAUUAUGAAGAUAAAGGUUAUUCAAUUCAUGCAAUGGGUGGUCAUGUAGUUUUCUCAUUACAACAUCCAAAUAGAACUGUUCAAUUCAAUAUUUAUCAAUUCAAAGACAUCAAUGAAGUACUAUUGGGUGUCGAUAUCGAUUGUAGUUGUUUUGCAUUCGAUGGUACCGAUGUUUGGACUUUGGAACGUGGUUUAUUGGCUGUCAAUCAUCGUAUUAAUAUCGCUUCACAAUUUUCAUAUAGAAUCAGAGGUGGUAAUCAAUAUCAACGUCGUCUUUUGAAAUAUCUAUCAAGAGGUUAUGAUAUUCAUUAUCAUAAUACUCCAGCUAUUCAAGAUAUAGUCAACCAUUUCAAUACAGAAGAUAAAUCUACAAUGAGUGAGUAUAUGUCUGGUUUCCAAUUACUAUUGGCCGCUAAGUAUAAUAAAGAGAUUGAAACAAUUCUAAAUCAAUCAACAAAAGAUAGAUCACUACCAUAUGGUCCACAAUGGAAAAAAGAAAAUUUCGAUCGUUACAUGACACAAUGCUUCGAAACAGUCUAUGACGGUUAUUCAUCCUCGGGCGUCUUUUGUCCAGUUGAAACUAUUGAUGAUCUUUUCCAAUAUUUAGAAAGUACUAAAGAAUCCUUGGCAAUGGAAGAUAAUAAUUGGGAUAUUCCAACAUUGCCAGAAGAAUUUUCAAUUUUAUUAAGAGAUAAAGAUGAAGAAGAUGAAAGAUUUUCUCAAUUACCACCAAUUGAACAAUUCCUUAAUUUAAAUGAUAAAGAAAUUUUUGUUACUUCAAAAAUUCAAAAAAUUGAAUAA